UUGCGUUUUACUCGUUCAUAAACAGCAAUAUGAAGUUAUUAAUAACACUAGCUCUUUUGGCCGUGGCCUCAGCUAUUCCCCAACCGUUGCAUCUGCAGCCACCAUCACCAGCAUUUGUACAAAAUGUUGCUGUAGAAAGUGCUGAUGUCCCAGAAUCAAUAAGCCUGCCUCUAGCAGCUUCACCUGCAGUUCAUCCCGUGAAAUUUGUAGAUUCUCCCUUGGAAGUUGCAGCAUCACCACAAAUUGUACAAAAUAUUGCUGUAGAAAGUGAUGACGUGCCAGCGCCAAUAAGCCUGCCUCUAGCAGCUUCACCUGCAGUUCAUGCCGUGCAAUUUGUAGAUUCUCCCUUGGAGGUUGUAGCAUCACCAAAAAUUGUACAAAAUAUUGCUGAAGAAAGUGAUGAUGUCCCAGCACCAAUAAACCUGCCUCUCGCAGCUUUACCUUCAGUUCACCCCGUGCAAUUUGUAGAUUCUCCCGUGGAAGCUGCACCAGCAGUAGCUUUUGAAAAGAUUGACUUGUUGCCUCUCAUUAUACCCAGUGAAGUAAUGGAAAGCAUCGCUGCCCUCGCCGCGGGUAAUAGUGAUGUUCCUGCAUCAAUAACUCUGCCACUUGCACCUUCGCCUUCAAUUGAGGACAUCCAAGGUUCCCCAUCAGAGGCCGCUGAAGAAGUGUUCGCAGUUAAAUUUGUAGACUCACCUGUAGAAGCUCCUGUAGACCCUGUAAAAUUUGUUGAUGAGGCAGUAAAUGUACAGGAGAACCCAUCCGAAUUAGAAAGUGUCAAAGUAGUCGACCUGGCAAUUAAUGAGGAAACCCAAAACAGUGUCAACAUUGUGGACACACCAGCUGAAAGCCCACGUUACCCCGGUAAGCAAUAUGCCAACCCUACAUGGCGUGAAGCUAAAGAAUCAAUUGAUGUUCCUGCAUUAUUUGCAAGAGUUGCUGAACAGGCAAAAAAUGUAAUUGGAGACUUCGUCCCGUCUCAAUUGCUCGAAAGAGUCAAAGUUGAAAUUUCGAAUGCUGUAAAUGUUGCGGAGCAACCAGCUGAGAGCCCACUUUUACCUGUCAAACAAUACGCCGACCCUACAUGGCGAUAAUUUAAAAACGAAAAACAGAUCAAAAAAUCAUUUGUAUAUAUUUGGUUAGUUGAAUUGUUUGUAAAUAAAUGUGAUACCCAA